CGGCCGGCUAAGUGGCCUGGAACCCAGGGCCGAGCGCCGGUCUAGCUCCAGCUCUGGGGAAGGCCCCGGGCUAGCCGAGACUUUCCGGGUCCGGAGCACCGGGCAGCACCCCGCCGUCCCUCCCGCUUUCGGCCGGGGUCGGCUCCCGCGGCAGCCACUGCCCCCCCCGCCCCCCCGCCGCGCUCCUCAACAGAGCAGCUCGGAAGUGGCCCGGGACAUCUCCGAGGGGAUCUGCGAGACGCAGCUGCCCAGGUGUGAGAGCAAAGAAAGGACUUAAAAACAACCAGGAUGCUUCCGACCCGCACCGCCUCCGCCAUCUCUUUACUUAACUUGUGUCUUGUGGUGUACAUAAGCCUACAGUUUGGUCCAUCAUCUGCUUUUGAUGAGUAUCCAGAAGAACUUUGCACUACAAACCUGGCAUUUCGAAAUUUCCGGCUAAUUUUAUCGUGGGAAUUAAAAAACAAAUCCAUCCCAGCAACUCACUAUACAUUUAAUUACACAAUCAUGAGCAAACCAGAAGAAGUGAAGGUUGUUAAGAACUGUACAGAUAUUAAGGAGUCAUCGUGUGAUGUGACAGACGAGUGGAGUGACGUCACUGAGAACUAUGCCGUCAUCAUCUUGGUGUACAGAGGGGACUCCGUGACAAGCCAGUGUUCAGGCUCUGUCUCAUACUUAGACGUUCGUCUGGAGCCUCCGGAAUUUGAGAUUGCGGGCUCUACAGAUCACAUAAAUGUGGUGGUGAAAUUUCCACCUGUUACUCCCAAGAUAUUUGGGGAUAACCUAUGGGAAAUGCCAAGUUAUAGAUCGUUUGUCAUCGAAGAACAGAUGGAGGAUGGCAUUAACAAGCACAAGGUCAAAAUAAAUAAUGUUGUUGGGAACUUCACCUACAUCCUUAGAGACUUGCUUCCGAAGACAAACUAUUGUGUAUCUGUUUAUUUUGAAGUUUCAGGACAGAAAGCCACAAUAAAGUCUCCCUUAAAAUGCACCCUCCUUCAGCCUGGCCAGGAAUCAGGCUCAUCAGAAUCUGCCACUAUAGGAAUAAUUACUGGGUGCUUGAUAGUGACGGUUUUCAUAAGCACCAUCACAAUACUGAAACGGAUUGGUUAUAUAUGCUUAAAAAACAAUUUCCCCAAUGCCUUGAAGUUCCGUCACUUUUUAGCAUGGAUAGUCCCUGAACUGCCACCGUCAGAAGCAGUGAGCACAUUGGAGAUCAUUCCCUCCAACAAGAAGAAGAAACUGUGGAAUUAUGAUUACGGAGAUGAAAGUGACAGUGAUGACGAAGAAGUUCCCAAAGCAAGGGCCACUGGGUACACCAUGCACGGACUGAUGGUCAAGCUUCCGUCACAGGCCUCUGACUCCCCAGACCAGCCCCCAGAACCCCAGCCUGAAGAAGAUUCAGGGACUGAGGAAACCUACGAGGCUGGGGCGGGGGCGGGAGCUGAGCUGGAGCUGCCCACAGAGGCCGAGGUGGGGCCGGGCCUUGGGCCUUCAGAAGACCCCAGUGGCCCCGGUGAGAGGACAGAGAACGUGCCUCCAGACUCCUUUCCCGGGGAUGAUAGCAGCUACAUGGACGGGCCUGAAGACAAAGUUACCUUCAACGUGAACUUAAACUCUGUGUUUUUGAGAGCUCUCCACGGCGACUCUGAAGAUACCUCAGAGCUGCUCUCGCUCACAGAAGAUACCAUCAUCCUAGACGAGGUUCUCCCCAGGUCAGAGUCAGGCCUUGUGAUGGCUGCGGCGGACAGGACACAGCCGCCCCAGCCCAGCCUCUCUUCCCGGGACCUAUGGACGGAAGACGGGUCCUCUGAAAGAACUGACACUUCUUCGGAUUCCGAUGCUGACCUAGGAGAUGGCUACAUUAUGAGAUAACCCCAUAGUGGUCCAUUGACUGGAGCUGAGCGCCCACCCACGAGGUUCUCCUCGCAGCCUGGAUACCUGGUGGUCUGCGCUGUCUCUGAGGGAGGAACAAGGGAACUGUAGAGCCCCUCUGGCCCUUGCUGAUGGCCUUCUCUGUGCAGAUUCCUGGUCUGGGCAGUGGCAUUGUUUACACAGGUCAUGAGCACACCUGUCCACCCCCUCUCCACAAACGCACUAAGAGCGGAUCUGUGUUAUGUUCCCAGGGAACAGUGUGGUUUUCAGAGGCAGCAAAGGCCUCCUAUCCCUGCGUUAUUUCUAGGAAAUUAUUAAAUUGAGGAAGAGAAAGGGCAGGAAGGCAUGCCAAGCUCGCGGGGAGAGAGGAGACGUACGCACAGAAGGAGCCAGCAAGGUUUGAGCCACCGGUGUCUGGGCCCUUCUCAGAUGUCACGGUCUGUCUCCUCCACGCUGAGGUCAUUCACAGCCACCCACAAAGCCUUCUACAGCCAUAUGAAUAAUUCUAGGAUCCAUCAAAGCACUCAGAGAGAAAGGAAAUGUGGCUUGGUAGAGGGUGGGGAGAACAAUCUCGUUGCCAUAUUUUAAGGUUUAGAAAAAGGGGGGAAACAGCAAAAGCGAGCAUUUCAGGGUCUUCAGAAUAUAUAGGGGUCCACGUCUUAGAGCCAGUUCACUAUUUUUAAAGUGCUUGUGUGUCGACCUCAUAUUCUCUACAUGGGCUUACAGCUGCUGUGCGUCUGAGAACAGAAACCAAAAGGGAAGUUCUCAAAUGAGCUUGGGAGCCAGACAGUUGAUUGCUAACAGGAGCCUUUGGGAGCCUUCUUUUUAUCUUUUUUAGACACAGACCAGGUAAUCUCCAUCAUCAUAGAGGCCCAGAAAGGGGGAUAAAGACUCACGCACACCCUGGACACCUAGGGUGCUUCCAUGAAGGGUAUAGGACCCUCUCAUCUCCUCUCACCCAAAAGCCAGUUUCUCAUAUCUUCCUUCCAUUCCAAGAGGAACCACUACACGGGUCCUCACUCAAAGGCUUCCAGUGGACUGCCUCUGUAACUCCUCUAAGGCAAUUCAGAAGAAGCCCGUGUCAGGCAGACCUAAUAAAAAUCCCACAGGAAGACCCUAUACCCAUAAACCAUUUCUCUGCCCUCUGAGCCCAUCUAUCAUCUGUAGAGACUCAUUCAUUGGUAAUACCUUUUUUUUUAAAGCUUUGCAUAAUUGCUAGGAGUUGGCUUUUUAAUGCGCGCACUUAUAUUUUUUUAAUUUUGUAUGUUUGAAGAUCGUCAGAGAAUAAUACAAAAAUACUUUUUUAUACAA